AUGAUAGUAAUUUCGCAAUUAGGUAUGAUGGUUAUAGCUGUUGGUUUAUCUUGUUAUCCUAUAGCUUUAUUUCAUUUGGUUAAUCACGCUUUUUAUAAAGCACUUUUAUUCUUAGGAGCUGGAGCAGUUAUUCACGCUGUAGCUGAUAAUCAAGACUUCAGAAGAUAUGGUGGGUUAAGACCAUUCUUACCCCUUACUUAUUCUGUUAUGCUUAUAGCUUCUUUAAGCUUAGUAGCCUUUCCUUUUAUGACUGGAUUCUACUCAAAAGAUUUUAUACUUGAAUCCGCAUAUGGUCAAUAUUAUUUUUCUGGUACUGUAGUUUAUAUCAUAGCUACUAUAGGAGCAAUGUUUACUACACUGUACUCUGUAAAAGUGUUGUAUCUAACUUUCUUAACUAACCCUAAUGGGCCUUUAAUUAAUUAUAAACAAGCACAUGAAGGUGAUAUAUUUAUGAGCUUACCUGCUGGGUGA